UUACGUAGGUGACCGCAUGACUAUUUGUGCUCGCGGUUAGGAAGUAGCACUCAAGCAACUCUGUUGGGGUGAAGAAGAUGCAGUGGUUGGUAUUGUGUGUUGGCCUCCUGUUCUGUGGCUUAUCUCAAAGUAAGCCACAUGCAAUCAAGGAUAAAUGCAUUGAUCCAGAGGUCAACAUGAACAUUAGUGAGAUCAUCCGGCACUGGGGCUACCCUGCGGAGGAGUAUGAGGUAGUGACGGAAGACGGAUACAUCCUCAGCGUCAACAGGAUCCCACAUGGCAUCCACAGCAAAAAUGGGGACGAUCCCAGGCCAGUGGUGUUUCUGCAGCACGGGCUGUUGGCUGCGGGUAGUAACUGGGUGACCAACCUGCCCAACACCAGCCUGGGCUUCACGCUGGCAGAGGCUGGCUUCGACGUGUGGAUGGGGAACAGCCGGGGCAACACCUGGUCAAUGAAGCACGUCAGUCUCACUCCUGACCAGGACAAGUUCUGGGCAUUCAGCUAUGAUGAAAUGGCCAAAAAAGACCUUCCUGCAGUCGUCGACUACAUCACCAAGACCACUGGCCAGGAGCAGAUCUUCUAUGUCGGCCACUCUCAGGGAACAACCAUCGCCUUCAUUGCGUUCUCCAGCAUGCCUGAGCUGGCCAGUAAGAUCAAGAUGUUCUUCGCCCUGGCUCCAGUGGCCACCGUGGCGUUCACCGAGAGCCCCAUGACCAAGCUGUCCGUCCUCCCCGAGUUCCUCAUCUGGGAUAUCUUUGGCGACAAGGACUUCUUCCCGCAGAACGAUCUUAUCAAGUUCUUUGCGACCAAGUUUUGCUCCAAACAGCCGCUCAGCGUUCUGUGUGGAAACAUCUUCUUCCUGCUCUGCGGCUUCGAUGAGAAUAAUCUCAACAUGACGAGGACGCCCGUGUACACAACCCACUGCCCUGCUGGAACCUCUGUGCAAAACAUGGUCCACUGGUCCCAGGCUGUGAAAGGUGGGAAGCUGAUGGCUUACGACUAUGGCAGAAAAGGAAACAUGGAACAUUAUAACCAGACCACCCCACCCAUCUACAACGUCCAGGACAUGAAGGUGCCCACGGCCGUCUGGUCCGGUGGCCACGACACCCUGGCCGACCCCAAGGACGUCAGCGUGCUCCUCACGCAGAUCCCCAACCUGGUGUUCCACCGCGACAUCCCGCACUGGGAGCACCUGGACUUCAUCUGGGGCCUGGACGCUCCACAGGAGAUGUACGGAGACAUGAUCAAACUCAUGAGACAGAAUCUGUGAAGGCCCAAAAGUCUUUGCAGUUUAGAGUCUGUGAAGGCCCAGAGUCUUUGCAGUUUAGAGUCUGUGAAGGCCCAAAGUGUGGUGCCCCUUUCUCUUUCACACGGAGGUGUAAAAGUUUGGCUUCAGAAAGUAAAAGUCCUACCACAUCAUUUUGAUCCAGCCAUGAUUUACUAAACCAGCUGAUUCUAGUAGGCACAACUCCUCAGCCAGGUUGAUGUAAGCUAAUUAGUGAAAACUAAUACAAGGUAGGACUUUUACUUUGUAAAGCUGGAUUUUUACACCUCUGCGUUCAUGCCUUUCUUUGUGUUUUUGUUUUUAUUGUUAGGUCCACUUUCAAGGUCAUUGGUUGCUAUACUGAAGGGCUUUGAGUGCUGUUAAGUAGUAGUGUGUAACCUAACCCUUGUUUUUAUUCUUUUUAUUUUACCUCAGUUUUGAAGUUUUAUGUACCUCAGUGUUGGAGCAUUUCUUGAUGAAGAGGAGUAUAGGAAGUUCUUUAAGCCAGGGAGAUUUUUUUUUUAUGUAGCCUAUGAGUGAGAGCUUACCUGCUACACCAACAUGGCUCGUGUUGAAUGAUGUCUGUCCAGGUGGUAUGGCCUACAAGAAAUUGAGCUACUGUUUGUUUAUCGAGGGCAUAUCUGAGCCGUCAUAUCCUGAAACUGGUGAAUGCAGUGGGAAGUUUAAGUGUCAUGUCGUUCCGUCUGAGUGGUGGUGAUAGCCAGUAAAAGUACGGCUUAAAGAGGUGUAAAAGUACGGCUUCAGAAAGUAAAGGUUCUGCUACAUUUUGGGUUCCAACCACUUACUUAAUCAGCUGUUUCUAAGUAGCACAACUUAGGUAGAUCGGCUAGUUACCUGUACAGUACCAAUACAGUACUGUAGUUUCCUGUGUAUUGACUGCAUUGUGUAUAAGCUGCAGGACAGUUUUGUAUGCAAGUUAAAAGAAACAAAACCAUAAUAAUACCAUAUUAACUGUCCCCGUACAUUAACCUCAUAGCUGAAGAAAUUUUUGCAAAAUCAAUGUAUAAACUGCAGUUAAUAGUCAGGAAGUUACGGUACAUGACAGGACUUUUACUUUCUGAAGCUGGAAAUUUUACAUCUCUGGUGAUAGCUGAGGGAAAGGCUGUUCUUUUCUUCCUCUCUGUUCUCUCAUGCAUGCACUUUUCUCUUCCAAGAUAGCAUUACACUAUGCUCUGAUGCACAUAAUAUAGCCAAUGACUACUUUUUAAAAUUAUUUUUAACCACUAUUGUAAUGGUAAGUAAGGGAUAUGUAAGUAGGCCUACUUCUGUUGGCCUGUGCUUUAAACAACUUUUCUAAAAACAAAGUCCAUUCCAUGCACACUGUCCAUUUUUAAAGUAGUGCACUGACCAAAGGCUGCCUUACACUAUCAACAUUUUAUUAAAGUUUUGGCAAUGCUGUCUUUUAUCACUUUUACCAACAUGGUUUACUCAUGGAUUUAAUAAACAUUUUCUGUCACUACAA